UGAUGCUGCUGAUUCCUGUUCCAGCAAGGCCGAUCACCAAUUGUAUCAAAUUGGUAAGUAUACUCUUUUCGCAAGAGAGUGGAAAUCCACUAUGGAGGUAUAAAAGGCCACUGUGCUGACAUGCUCUGUACACCUUUCCACUUUCUUCGCGAGUUCCUCGAAUCUUUGGCAGCAGUCCUUCGACAUGGCGAAAGCAUCACCCUCGAAGACGUGGUUGGUAACGGGAGCGUCCUCCGGCCUCGGCCUCAGUAUAACGUUGGCAGCUCUUGAUGCUGGACACAAGGUCAUUGCCUGCACUCGAAAGCCAGAAGCAGCAAAAAAAGAACACCCUGAAGUUGAAGCCAAAGGCGGUCAAUGGCUGCUGCUUGAUCCUAAUUCGAAGGACACUUCAGACAUAGUCAGAAAGGCAGCUUACGAUGUUGGGGGAAUCGACGUGGUGGUCAAUAACGCUGGAUAUGUUCUGAAUGGAUCAGUUGAAGACUUAUCGGAAGAUGAGAUGCAAGCACAGAUGAACACGAACUUUUGGGGUCCAGUCCGUGUCAUCAAAGGUGUCCUACCCUCUAUGAGAGCUCGGUCUGGUACGAUUGUUGCGAUAUCUUCGAUCUUGGGCAUCUUUCCCUUGGCGGCGGGAGUCAUGUACAGCUGUUCCAAAGCAUCGCUGGACAUGCUUCAAGCAGUCUUAGCAAAAGAGCUUGCCUCGUUCAACGUUCGCAUGAUCACCAUCAACGCAGGACUUUACGAAACCAAUGUGGCUACUAACGGCAAAUUCGCCGCCAACGGAGUCUCUGACGCUUACAUCAACUCAACCGUUGGCAAAGUGCUCGGUGUAAUGCAAGAGUAUGUACAGAACGAGGAGACAGCCCCAGGAGAUGCGAAGAAAUUCGGCGAACGUCUCGUAGAUGUUGUGGACGGUCGAGGUCUUGGAGCUGGUUUGGAGAAGAAUCUGAGAUUUCUCUUUGGCAAAGAUGCCAUUACGUUGUCCGACGUUGUAAUGAAACAGAUGGCUGAAGACUUUGAAGCCAGCAAGGAGAUUGCGCAAAGCACAGAUUUCGUCAACGCCACCCAUACCGGAACUGCGUGGAUGGCUGACCUCAAGUAGUGAUUAUAGAAGCAGAAGGCUUCGCACUGCAUAAUGCAAGAUGGAACAGUGUUUUUGAAGACAUCAUAGUCCAAAGAUAUGAAAGAUAUAAU